AUGUCCAGUAAUGAGCACUGCAAGGCUAACCAGAUAGGGAUGGUAACUCUUGCGAAAGAAGUUAGUGUGGAAGUGAUCCCGAGCAUCAUCAACCUAACGAUUGAGGAAUUCUUCAUUUUUGCGAACAAGUAUAAAGAUGCAUUUACUGUUUAUCGAAAUAAAUAUUUCGAGAAAAGAAGUACCUUCCGUGAAUUCACAUCGACUAUGGUCGCUAUCGCCAACAAUUUGCAGACUUGUAUCGAAUCCACUGAUAAAUACAUGCAACAAGUACGUUUAUCGAUGGAGAGCGAUGAGCAGCAGGAUGGUGGGGUUGCGGGACGACGUGCUGUAAGCCGUCAACAAAUCAUAGACAACAUCGACCGUUUGAAUGCUAGGUGGAGCAGUGCUGUGGGAGUGGCGUAA